CGAAAUGCCGUUUCUUCAUUGCAUCCAAACUCCAAAGACAGAGACGUACGGGAAAAGCGCUUUUCUUAAUCUCUAUGCUAUCAGUAUCAGCAGAUCAGAAGCGACGCAGCAGCGUAACAUUGGCUGCCAGACAUAGAAAAUCAGGGCUCAACAGCUCUCGAUUCUCUCUACUCUGAUUGAACUCAACUGAGUAACCCACCACUCACUCCCUCCCCGUACCUGCUUCUGGUUGUUCUCUUCGUCCCCGUUCGCCGCCGGUUCUCGUUGCCCAGGUUAGUGGCUCGCCGUUUGGAUUUUCCCUUCCGACUGGGGCUUUUGGGUUUUAAUUUUGGUUUCCAUUUCUCUCCCUUUCAGGGGGGUCGUUGGUUAGGGGUUUUGUAGUCAUGGGCUCGGUCGCCGGCAGUAAAUGGGACGACGACGACGGCGAGUAUUCCGUAAUCGGGGAUAAAGGCGAAAUUGGGUUCAUCGAUUAUCAGGAAGAAAAAUCCGUCUGCAAUUACGAUCCAACGGGGGAUGGUCCCGUCGCGAUCUCCUUCCCAUUCCGCGUGCAGGACGGGAAGCCGCAGUCGGUUUCGGUGGGAGAAACGGCCGCCGCUCCCAUCACCAUUAGGAACUCCACUGACGAAGCCGUCGAGCUGUGGGCCAAAAUCUACGCCUCUACUCCGGUGGAUUCCUUCCAGCUCUCCUUGAUGAAGCCGCCUCCCUCCACCGGAAAUGCUGCUGCCGGCGGUUUCCUCGGGUGUUUUGCUCUCGAGGAUAGAAUGAUCCAGCCCGGCGAGACGUUGACCUUGUGGCUGUCCUGCAAGCCACAGGAGAUCGGAAUGUACACUUCCGUCGUCCAUUUCGACGUGUUGGGUGACAGGAUUGAGAGGGUGGGGUUCAUCCUGGCGGAGGAUAAGAUAUCCCAGUCCUUGGCUUCCAGGAAGCCAUACUCGAGAACCGUGAAGAAGAAUCACUAUGCCGUUACUGAAUUCGUUAAGGGCACGAAUCCUAGGAGGGCGCCGGGCAGACCGGUGAAGAAGAGGCUUCCUAGGUAUGACAUUCCAAAGGAGACGAGAGAAAAGAUUGAGAACAAGGAGAUACCUGAAGAGAUUACAUCAGGUCUAAGUAGAGAGAACUAUGCUGAGUACUUCAAGACUCUGUUGAUCAUGGAAGAAAUACAGUUGGAGGAGGAUAUGAGGGCUUACGAUAUGGAGCGGGUUGUAAUGAAGAAAAGAGGGAACUUUCUUUCGCUCAUGGUGCCAGGGCUUGCUGAGAGAAGGCCUUCUCUCGUCCAUGGAGAUUAUAUAUUUGCAAAUCCUGCGAAGUCGGAUGAUUCUAUUGUCCCUUAUCAGGGAUUUGUUCACCGUGUUCAGGCUGAUGAAGUGUAUUUACAGUUCAACACAGAGUUUCACUUGAGCCACAUGAACGGGAAUCUGUAUGAUGUGCACUUCACUUAUAACAGAGUCAAUAUGAGGAGACAGUACCAAGCCAUUGAUUCAGCUCGAGAUUUGGAUACCGAGAUCCUAUUCCCAUCUGAGGCCCAUGAACAUAGGCUUAUUCAACCGAAGUCUCUGAUUCCGAUAGCAAAAAAUAUCAACGAAGAGCAGAAGUCUUCGAUAGAGAUGAUUCUCGGGUGUACAGGAGGUCCUCCAUACGUCAUAUAUGGUCCACCAGGUACAGGCAAAACCAUGACCUUAGUGGAAGCGAUACUUCAGCUUUAUAGGAACAGGAGGAAUGCUCGGAUUCUUGUGUGUGCGCCCUCAAACAGUGCAGCAGACCAUUUGCUGGAUAAGCUUCUCUCCGAGGAGGAUGUCAGUGUUCGUGAGAACGAGAUAUUUCGGCUGAAUGCAACUGCCCGUUCGUUUGAGGAGGUUAAACAAGAUCACAUACGGUUUUGUUUUUUUGAUGACAACGUCUUCAAGUGUCCUCCAUUCAGUGCCCUCUCUCGCUACAGGAUCAUCAUAUCGACAUAUAUGAGUGCUAGUCUUCUUUACUCUGAAGGGAUUGAUCGAGGUCAUUUCUCCCACAUUUUCUUGGACGAGGCGGGGCAGGCUUCAGAACCAGAGAGCAUGAUUCCAAUAUCCAACCUUUGCCAGAGGAAUACGGUUGUUGUUCUUGCUGGAGAUCCAAUGCAAUUGGGUCCGGUGAUACUCUCCAGAGAUGCCGAAUCAUUUGGACUUGCCAAGUCAUACUUGGAGAGGCUUUUCGAAUGUGAAUCUUAUCUGGAAGGAGAUGAAAACUACGUGACAAAGCUUGUUAGGAACUACCGCUGCCAUCCAGAAAUUCUGUAUCUGCCUUCAAAGCUAUUCUACAGUGGAGAGUUGGUGGCUUGCAAAGAUUCUACUGAAAGUUCAACUUCUUUGCUAAAACUGUUGAAUUUUAUACCGGGCAAUGACUUUCCUACAAUCUUCUUUGGUAUCCAAGGGCUUGAUGAAAGGGAAGGAAGUAACCCGUCAUGGUUUAACCGAAUUGAAGCAAGCAAGGUAGUUGAGGUGAUCAAGAAGCUGACGACUUGUGGAGAUCUGAGUGAGGUUGAUAUUGGAGUGAUUACUCCUUACAGGCAGCAAGUUCUGAAGAUAAAGAAGGUCCUGGAUGACUUGGAUAUGGCAGAUGUUAAGGUUGGAAGCGUUGAACAGUUUCAGGGGCAGGAAAAGCAAGUCAUUAUAGUGUCUACUGUUCGGUCGACGAUUGUGCACAAUGACUUUGACAAGGUCCACUAUUUGGGAUUCUUGAGCAAUCCAAGGAGGUUCAAUGUGGCAAUAACCCGUGCUAUAUCUUUACUUAUCCUUAUUGGAAACCCACAUAUCAUCAGCAAGGAUGAGUACUGGAAUAUGCUAUUAUGGCGCUGCUCAGACCAUGAGUCCUACAAAGGUUGUGCCCUUCCAGAAAGGCAGGAUUUCAGUGAUGGAUAUGGAGUGCAGGAGAAUGGUGGUGACUAUGGCGAAGGAAAUAACCAUCUGGCCUCAGGAGAAGAAGGCGAAUGGGGUCAAGAUUCGUCAUUCCAGGCUAAUACUCGAGCAGCGGAUGUAGGUGCAUGGGUUCAAGACUCGUGUCAGGCCAAUGCUCAAGUUCCUGGGACAGACGAAGCUGAAUGGUCUGAUGGUUGGAAGUAAUCCAGUAAUACUGGGUUCUAACCUAUGUACUUAGGACAGUAAUCUAUAUCUAGUUCUAUUCAGAACCCGUGUUAACCCCCCAUUCCCCCAGUAAGUCUAUACUCAUUAUCACCCUACAACCGAGAAUCAAGCUGGCUAGGAAGUUUGUAUUGUCAUUCACAUGGGAAAACACUAAAACUUGUGGAAUUUA